CACUUCCGGCGACAGAGCCGGAAGUUGUGGUCCAGCCGUUUCUACCGGGGGCUGCGGCUGAGAGUGCGGCGAGAACGCGGCCAUGGGCGGGAAGAACAAGCAGCGGACCAAGGGGAACCUGAGGCCUUCAAACAGUGGCCGAGCUGCAGAACUUCUUGCAAAAGAACAGGGAACUGUGCCUGGAUUUAUUGGUUUUGGGACAUUCCAGAGUGACCUAGGCUAUGUUCCUGCUGUUCAAGGAGCUGAAGAAAUUGAUAGUCUUGUAGAUUCUGACUUUCGAAUGGUCCUCCGGAAACUUUCUAAGAAAGAUGUCACAACAAAAUUAAAAGCUAUGCAAGAAUUUGGAACCAUGUGUAUAGAGAGAGAUGCAGAAAUUGUAAAAGGGGUUCUUCCAUACUGGCCAAGAAUUUUUUGCAAAAUUUCACUUGACCAUGACCGCCGGGUUCGAGAAGCCACACAGCAAGCUUUUGAAAAACUUAUCCUCAAAGUUAAGAAACACCUGGCUCCUUAUUUAAAAAGUGUGAUGGGCUAUUGGCUCCUGGCUCAGUGUGACACUUACCCACCUGCUGCAUCGGCAGCAAAGGAUGCCUUCGCAGCCGCCUUCCCCCCCAGCAAGCAGCCUGAGGCCAUAGCGUUCUGUAAGGAUGAGAUUGCAAGUGUGCUGCAGGAUCAUCUGAUAAAAGAAACACCCGACUCCCUCAGUGACCCGCAAACUGUUCCAGAGGAAGAGAGAGAAGCUAAAUUCCACCGGGUCGUAACGUGCUCCUUGUUGGCCCUGAAGAAACUGCUCUGCCUCAUCCCAGAGCACGAGCUUGGGUCUCUGGAGGAGAGGUUUCGGUCUCUCCUGUCCCAGAACAAGUUUUGGAAGUAUGGAAAGCACAGUGUGCCUCAGAUCCGCGCUGCUUAUUUUGAGUUAGUUUCUGCUUUGUGCCAGCGCAUUCCACACUUGAUGAGGGACGAAGCAUCACGAGUGAGCUCCUCUGUCCUACUCAGCAUUGACGACAGUGACCCCAUUGUGUGCCCGGCCCUCUGGGAGGCUGUGCUGUAUACCCUGACGACUGUUGAGGACUGCUGGCUUCACGUAAACGCCAGAAAAAGCGUGUUCCCCAAGCUGUCGGCCGUGAUGCGUGACGGCGGCCGGGGCCUGGCCCCGGUCAUACACCCCAACCUGCUGCCGUUCGUCAGCAAGCUCCCGCAGUCCGUCACCGACCCGAAGCUGGACUUCUUCAGAGACUUCCUCACCUCUCUGGUCGCGGGGCUAUCAACAGAGAGAAUCAAAACCAGCCUCUCAGAGUGCUCAGCAGUGAUAUCUGCGUUUUUUGAUUGCUUGCGUUUUAUAAUGCAACAGAACUUAGGAGAGAAGGAGAUUGAAGAAAUGCUCAUCAGUGAUCAGUUGAUUCCUGUGAUUGAUGCAGUUCUCAAAGACCAAAGAUUGCAGGAUGGGCAACCCUUUGACUGUUUAGCAGAAACUUUAAGUUCUUGGGAAGCCAAAGCAGAUAUGGAAAAAGAUGAUGAAACUGCUCACAGCUUGGAGAAAGUGCUCCUGAAUUUCUGGGGAAGACUGUCAGAGAUCUGUUUUGAGAAAAUGAAUGAGCCAGAAGCUGAUGUUAAGUCUGUUUUGGGUGUAUCUAACCUAUUACAGGUCCUUCAAAAGCCAAAGGGCUUGUUGAAGUCAAAUAAAAAAAAAAUUGGUAAGGUCAGGUUUGCUGAUGAGAUGCCUGAAAGUCAUUCAGCGAACGAAAAACACUUCCCCUCAGAAGGCGAGAGCAGUGAGGGCUGGGAACCAGUGGCUGAGCCUCUUCUCUCCCGUGACUGUUCAGACCUUGUAUCCCCGCUACGGAAGAAGCCUUUGGAAGACUUAGUCUGCAGACUGGCAGGGAUGAGCAUUAGUUUUGUCAACGAACAAAAGUCAGAGCAACACCUGAGGUUUCUUUCCACUCUGCUCAGUUCCUUCUCUUCAACCCAAGUAUUUAAGACGCUGCUAGGUGAUGAAAGGCAGAGCACUGCCAAGUCCAAACCUCCUGAAAUAGCCGAGCUUAUACAGAAAAACCCUGCAGUGCAGUUUUUGUACCGGAAACUACUCGGUUGGCUAAACGAAGACCAAAGGCAGGAUGCUGGUUUCCUGGUGGACAUUUUGUACAGUGCCCUCCGUUGCUGUGACGAUGACAAGGAAAGAAAAGAUGUCUUAGAUGAUCUGACUGAGGUGGAGCUGAAGUGGAAUUCAGUCCUUCAGGUCAUCGAAAAGGCAAGUUCCAGUUCAGAGAAACAUGCUUUAGUCAUUUCUUGGCUGAAAGGAGACAUCCUCGGGGAGAAAUUGGUCACCUUGGCAGAUCGUCUUUGUGAUAAAGGCUUGGAAUCCACAGUAACUUUUGAACCUUACUUCUCAGAAAGAUGGGCUCUUUUAAGCUUGGUAUUAUCCCAACAUGUUAAAAGUGACUACUUGAUAGGAGAAGUGUAUGUUGAAAGAAUUAUUGUUAAACUUCAUGAAACUUUAUCCAAAGCAAAGAAAUUGUCAGAAGCUGAAAAUAAUGACUCUUCAGUGUCUUUUGUCUGUGAUGUGGUCUAUGACUAUUUUAGCUCAGCAAAAGGAUGCUUGCUCAUGCCAUCAUCUGAAGAUUUGUUAUUAACUCUCUUUCAGCUGUGUGCUCAGAGCAGAGGAAAAACGCAUUUGCCAGACAUUCUCAUCUGCAAACUGAAAAACACCUGGCUCUCAGGCAUGAGUGUGCUGGUUCAUCAGACGGGCUGCGCAGGCCUGCAGAGUGCCUUCCUGCGCUCAUCUGCUCUGUGGCUGAAGGGCCAGGUCCAGUCUUCACCUUUGGAUAUCCCAAGUCUUCAGGGCCUUUUAUCUACUGUGGAUGAUUUGCUCAAUAAGCUUCUGGAGAGUGAAGACACCUCCCUCCUGGGAGUUUAUAUUGCAGGUGUCAUGCCAGACAGCGGAGAGUGGGAGACGAUGAGACAGUCCCUCCCUAUGCAGUGGCUGCACAGACCUCUGUUAGAAGGAAGACUGAGUUUGAAUUAUGACUGUUGCACAACAGAUGUUGAACAACAAGAUACAAAGACACUUCCUAGCCAUUUGUGUACUUCAGCAUUACUGAGCAAAAUGAUAAUAGUUGCACUGAAAAAGGAAAUAGUCCUAGAAAAUAAUGAGCUCGAGAAAAUAACCGCAGAGCUUCUCUACUCCCUGCAGUGGUGCGCGGAGUUGGACAACCCGCCGGCCGUCCUCACUGGGUUUCAGGAAAUGCUUGAGAAAAUGAACAUUACGUACGAUGACUUGUGUGGACUUGGUAAUACCUCCGACCUUUUGCACCUGCUAUUUAACAGAUCCAUGGAACACGGCACUCUGUGGUCUCUUAUUAUUGCUAAAUUGAUCCUUUCCCAAAGCAUUUCAUCUGAUGAAGUAAAACGGCAUUAUGAGGAAAAAGAAAGCUUCUUCCCACUGACAGAAGGGAAUAUGCACACUAUUCAAAGUCUCUGUCCAUUUCUGUCAGAAGAAGACAAGAGAGAACUGGUUGCUCACUGUAUACCUGCCCUUUUGGUCUGGACCAAGGAAGAUCUUUACAGUGUAAAUGGAGGUUUUGGACAUCUUGCCAUUUUAAAUUCUUGUCUGCAAACCAGAAGCAUAGAUGAUGCAGAGGUAUUACAUGGUAUACUGAGAAUCCUGAUAUGCUGGAAGGUAGACUAUGAAGAUCUUUUUCUUCUCAGUUGUAAUCUGUCUGAAGUGAGUCCAGAGGUCCUGUCAGUGAACAUAGAAAUCAUGCGGUUCCUCUCCCUGUUCGUCAAGUGCUGCUACCCUCCACUGUCUGAGAACGAGUGGGACUUUGUCCUGUGCUGCAUGCUGGCCUGGCUUGAGACCACGAUCGAGAACCACGAGCUGUGCCAUGUGCCCCUGAUCCAGUUGUUUGCCUGUGUCAGCUGCGAUCUGGCCUGUGAGCUCAGUGCCUUUUUCGAGUCCACAAUUCCAGAUUCCGUGGGCUACCUCCCUGAAAAUCUGAUCAUUGAAUGGAAAGAAUUUUUUUCCCAAGGCAUCCACAGUUUGCUCUUACCUCUUUUGGUUACUGUUACAGAGCAGAGCAACGAUACAUCUGAAACAUCCUAUCAGAAUGCGAUGCUGAAGCCCAUGUGUGAAACGUUAACGCACAUCACAAAAGAUCAUCUGCUGAGUCACAAGCUCCCUGCAAUGUCACUUGCUGGGCAGAAAACGAACUUGCCGGAGCACCUCCAGACUCUGCUAGACACACUGGCCCCACUGCUCCUCUUCAGAGCUCGGCCCGUGCAGAUUGCUGCCUAUCACAUGCUGUACAAGUUGAUGCCAGAAUUACCACAAUAUGAUCAGGAUAAUCUAAAGUCAGAUGGAGAUGAAGAGGAAGAACCAGCCCUGUCCCCGCCAGGGGUGCUGAUGUCUCUGCUCAGCACUCAGGAGGACUUGCUGGAUAGCGUCCUGGGGUCUGUUCCUGUGGGACAGAUCGUCACGAUCAAGCCACUGAGCGAAGACUUCUGCCAUGUCCUGGGCUACCUCCUCACCUGGAAGUUAAUACUGACUUUCUUCAAAGCGUCUUCCUCUCAGCUUCGGGCUCUGUAUUCAAUGUACCUCCGGAAAACAAAGAGUUUAAAUAAACUGCUCUAUCACCUGUUCAGGCUCAUGCCAGAAAAUCCGACCUGUGCAGAGGCGGCUUCUGAGCUCUCUAACAAGGAACCUAAGACUUUCUUCACGGAAGAGCUGCAGCUGAGCAUCAGAGAAAUGACGACUCUCCCUUACCACAUUCCGCACUUGGCGUGCUCGGUCUACCACAUGACCCUGAAGGACUUGCCUGCCAUGGUCCGGCUGUGGUGGAACAGCAGCGAGAAGCGGGUUUUCAACAUCGUGGACAGGUUCACGAGCAAGUACGUCAGCAGUGUGCUCUCCCUCCAGGAAAUCUCUGCUGUGCAGACCAGCACGCAGCUGUUCAACGGCAUGACGGUCAAAGCUCGAGCUGCUACUCGAGAGGUCAUGGCCACUUACACCAUCGAGGACAUAGUCAUUGAGCUGAUAAUACAGCUGCCUCCCAACUACCCGCUGGGCUCCAUCGCUGUGGGGAGUGGGCGGCGUGUGGGUGUGGCGGUGCAGCAGUGGCGCAACUGGAUGCUGCAGCUGAGCACCUACCUCACCCACCAGAAUGGAAGUAUCAUGGAGGGGUUAGCGUUGUGGAAAAAUAAUGUGGACAAGCGCUUUGAGGGCGUCGAAGACUGCAUGAUCUGCUUUUCAGUCAUUCACGGUUUCAACUAUUCUCUUCCCAAAAAGGCCUGUAGAACAUGCAAGAAAAAAUUCCACUCAGCCUGCCUGUAUAAAUGGUUUACCUCUAGCAACAAAUCCACGUGUCCACUCUGUCGAGAGACCUUUCUCUGAGGUGUCUUUCCCGGAAGCGGAAGCGGCCCCUGCAGGGCAGCGGGGGCGUGGCCUGGGCACCACCCUCCGGGGCUGCGGCCGGAAGCCGCGCUGCGGCCGGAAGCCACGCUGCUGCUCGGUGUGACGUCGAACCGCCGGCCCCUUACCUGUAGGUGGCUUUGUAAGUGUUUAGAGUUCUUUUCUUUUCCAUGUGAAUAUUACAUAUUUCAGAGAAAAUAUUUAUAUUAAUAGUUUAAUCUCUUUGUAUAUUUAAAAAUAAAUAUGGGAGAACCCUGACUUACAGACCUGGAAUUUGUGAAAGCCUUGUAUUGAUCCAUGUUCUAGAACAGUCCAGUGAGGCAGGUGAAUUGAGAGGGGUGAUUUAUACCUACGAAUGUUUUAAGACUACGACAACAAAAUUAGUAUUCUGAUAUUUGUAGAUUAUUUUAAUGACAAAAAUGACACUAAGCUAUUAAUACAGUCUAUCUUAAGGUGUUAGAAGCGUGCUCUGAAAUCCUAGCUGUGCGGGGCCCCGAUUUUCGCGGGCUGUGGCAUUCGGAGGCCCCACCCGUGCCCCCAGCUGCGCGACGGCAGACCGUCCGCGCGCGUCUCACUGCCCCGAGUGAGCCCAGAGAGGGAGGCUUUGAGAGCACAGGCGUCCUUAGGAGGUUGUGUCCCGGAGGGUGGCGGCCCUCCGUGGGCGGGGGCGGGGGUGGGGGAUGAGCGUUUAUGAAACUUAAGAUGGGUGGAAAAAACAAAAAUAUUUAAAUGCUGUAGACCACUUUCAAUUUUGUAAGCGAAUUUCGCUGUUUACUGGCCAAAGUUACAUUAAAUUAGAUUUGAGGGAGCUAAUUUUUCCAGCCACGUUAAGAAUUUUAGCACCAAGUGAACUGUAAAGUGGAGUGGACAGGCUGAAGUGCGGCAGGGGAGACCUGCCUUUCGCCUCAGCCUGUCCCCGCAGAAACUGUGCCCAAAAUGCGCAGUGUGGGAGCCUGGGACUGGGGGAGCUUUGCUGCAGCCUCCCAUGGUGUGGGCGACGACCGGCUCACCCAGCAGCAGGGUUUCGGAAAGGAUCAGCCUAUCACCUCUGUUGCAAACGUGCCACUGGCCAAAGGCAACUCCUGUCAAAUGAAAUAACUGGCUGCCAUCACCUGGGUGCAUGGUUGCUAUCGACACAGUGGGAGUGUGUCAGAAGUGUCCCCGGGGGUCGCAGAUCCUGGGGUUGCAUUCGCAGGCGUGGGGUCCUGCCCCGGCCGGAUCCCGGGCUUUGUCUGCAGUUGUCACCCUGGCAGCCUCGAGGCUCAGAGAGCAGUAGGUGACGGACAGACCGCAGAAUUCUUCUACCUCUUCUUAACCCUUUUCUUAAAGUACUCUCUCUCACUGUGUCUCUCUCUGCCAUAGGGACUAACCCAAAGGAUUGUGGUACUCCUGUGAAAGUUACACACUUUUUCUUUAAUUAUUGUUCUGUAAUAGGAGCCCGCCUUUAACUUUUGCAGUAUUGCUACUUCCUGGCUCCUGACCCAAAACCCCAAGUAGAAAAGAGAAGGGAACGGUGGAGCCUCAAAACGUUUUCCCCAGUGACGUUCAGGCACCCAUGUCCUGUGAAACCUGUACUAGGUGGGGCACCCACUCCUCGAACUUAGGCCUUUGGACGCACAUAUUGGGGAGUUGUACACAUACCUGUGAAGUGUGUUGCUAUUUAUACGCUAAAGAGGAAGCUUUCCGAAAUAAGACUGAGAUUCAGAAUACCACAAUAAAGUUUUAUUUAUAUACCUUCAGUGGCUCUAGAGAGCAUCUCUUGAAAUUCUGGCAUAUGGACAUUUUAAGAUUGCAUGAGAUUCAAAGCCCAUUAGCAAAUUAUUAACUUAAAACCCCAAUGUAAACUGCAAAUUUCAGAUUUUAUUUUUAACUCUUAUUUAUCACAUGCUCUAAUGUCUGUAUUUGAGUUUCUGUGGCUUGAAUAAUUAAUGUUAUUACUAAAUAAGUUUUUUGCUGUGAAUAAUUAAUGUUAUUAUCUGAUUGUUAUAUCAUGUGCUCAUCAAUUUUUUUUAACUACAAAAUAUGUCAGAUGUACAGAAUAAUACAACAUAAAUGCCCUUUUACUCUUCACAAACUAUUUUGCCAUUUUUAUUUCACUUUAUUUUAAAGAUUUUCAUGUAUUUUUAAAGAGAGGGGAAGGGAGGGAGAAAGAGAAGGAGAGAAACAUCGAUCUGUUGCCUCUUGUGUGCCCUGACCAGGACCAAACCCACAGCCCAGGCAGGUGCCCUGACCAGGAAUGGGACUGGCAACCUUCCGCUCUGUGGAACGGCGCCCAGCCCACUGAGCCACACAGGUCAGGGCUUGCGUCUAAGUCUACAGAAAUGAAAUGUCACUCUCUCGCACUCCUCCCUGAGGACACGUCUGUCCCUCCCCGGAGCCAGUCUGGUAACUUGAAGUUGGUUGGAUUCCUUCCCGUUUAAGAGUUUAUACUUUACCACUUCAUAUUUAUGGGUACGUGUUUGUGCCCAUAAAUAAUAUAUAGCGGUUUCUUACACAUUUAUAUUGGUGAUGUGCUGUUGUAUGUUGUGUUUCGUCACUUGCUUUUUCACUCGCCAUCACUGCCGUUGAGCAUCGCACAGCACCAGCUCACUCACCAGUUCCCCCACGGACGGCCGUUCCAGUUGCUCGUGUCUGUCCUCCUUGCGCCAUUUUGGACGGGGCUGCACACGUACAUUCCUGAUAAUGUGUUCUCAUGCAGACGGGCUGAGUGUUCUGGACACGUGCCCCAAGGUAGACUUGCUGGCAGGAGACUGCUGCUCUCUGGCCGUGGACGUUGUCACACUGCUCUCGAGUGGUCGGUGUGCAGGUCUGCCCCGGAGAGAACCCAGUUUCCCCCUCCUCCUCACCACCACGCUGUCUCACCAGCGGUUUCAAGUUUCCUAGUCGGAGCUCUGAGACAGCAGGUCUUUGCUUUUACUUGUAUUUACCUGGCUACCGGCAGUAUUAGCUUCAUUUCAUAUAUUUAUUCGUCAUUAUUUUGUGAAUUUCUUAUCUAUAUGCUUAUUUUUCUCUUGGACUACUUGUGUUUUUAUUGAUCAUAAUGCUUUAUCUGUGACAGGGUUGCUUCUAGUACAGGGCUGGACUUGAACGUGGUCUGUAGCUGUCUUCAAUUGUACAGAAUUUCCAGUUAAAUUUAGUCAGAUUUAUCAUUCUUUUCUUGUAAAAUUUUGUUUGUUCCCCGAGGUUUAAAAACAGUCUGUGCUAAUUCCCCUGAAAUUAAAUGAUGUGGCUGUUGUAAGGUAGCAGUUGUAACCCAUGUUGAUAGCCAACCCCAUAGCGUUGGCUGUUCAGCAGUGUGCCCGUCCCUGUGGUUGUGGGGCCUGGUCUCGCGUUCCCACACAUGUGUGUGUGUGUGUAUGUGUGUGUGUGUGUAUUGGUUUCUAGGCUCUGUAUUCUAUUCCGUAGU